AUGUGGCUCCCGAAUAGUACUGACCAUAUCCCAGGCUCGACAUCAAAUUCAUCAGUAGUGUCCAUCACUCCAACCCACGUCACAGAAUUCCCGACGGCGCCUAUGGAAGGACGACCUGUCAACUUUGGCUUAGUUGUUCCUGGUGUUUACCGAAGUAGCUAUCCCAAGAAGGAGGACUACGCCUUCUUGAGGGACUUGAAGCUGAAGACGAUAGUCACCCUGGUCAAGAAAGAUGAUCCCGAUCACGAGCUUGAGUCCUUUGUCGCUGCCAAUGGUAUCCAGCAGGCUGUCUUUAACAUGAAGGGGACAAAGAAAGAACCCAUUCCGCCCACCACCAUGGCGUCCAUCCUCGAACUUGUUCUGGACCGGAAAAACUACCCCCUCAUGAUCCAUUGCAACCAUGGCAAGCACCGCACCGGCUGUGUCGUCGCCGUUGUCCGCAAGCUGUCUGGCUGGGGCCUCGACAGAGUCGUUGACGAGUACACGACCUAUGCCUCCCCCAAGGUCCGGGAAUGUGAUAUUGAGUACAUUACCUCAUUUCAACCCAGCUCCCUGGAGAUUACAUUGGUUCGAUCAGUCAGUGCCGAGAACCCGCGCUUCGGCCCACUCCAAAUCCGGUCAUUUAUGAGAACCCUUUUGUUCACUGCCGUUGUCACGACAAUAUGGUUGGUGUCUGGUUCUCGCAUGGCUGUCCACCGCGACAACAUGUCCAGUUAG